AUGGAUAAGCUUUCUGGACUCGCUUCCAAGCUCGGCGGCAAGAGCUCUCACUCUGGCUCCAGCUCCGGUUCCACUGGCCAAGAGGACUAUGCUGACAAGGGUGAGCUUCACUGCAAAGGUGUCACGAAGUUCAAGCUGACAAUUCCAGCACUCGAUGGAGCCGAGAAGAAGUUCGGUGGGGGCAAGGUUGACCCCGCCAAGAUGCGCUCAACCAACGAGAAGAUCACCGACACUGGCCGGGAGCAGUUCGAGAAGGCCACUGGCAAGCAUGUCCCCGAUAAGGUCUCCAACUAA